ACCUCUCUCUCUCUCUGUCUUAAUGAAUAAAUAAAUAAAGUCUUUAAAAAAAAAAAAAAGAAACUACAACACAAACCUUAGGACCAUCUUUCUUCAAAUAUUUCUCUGAAAAGAAAAAUAUGCAAACUUUAUUGUAUAAUGCUGAGUUUUUGUUUGCACAUCAAGAGGUUUUUCCUGGGAUGUUUCUCUGAUGUUCACCUUUUCUCCAAUGGCAAUGAAUGUUUGUUUCAAUGUCCUUCCCUCAAAUUUGACCUAUUGUCAAUUUUGAUUUUUCUUCAUUAUUAUUUAUUACUUUAAUUUAAAGUGAGGUAUAUGUUUCAUUCUUUUACUUAUUGAAUAUUCAGAAAGUUUAUUAUGUGUUUGUCAAUACUCACUUGGCCCCAAACCUGUUUUUUUAAACAAAUAUUGCCAUUUUCUAUAGCUCUGAAUACCUUUGUUUAUUUUCACCUUUUCUCUUAAUCCCCAAAUUCUUCAACUUUUAUUCUUCCCUGGAAAGCAUUGAGUCUUAAUUAAGUGAAAAUUAAUGGUUUUAGAAGAUGAGCAUAGGAUGGUGCUAUUUUCAGUUGUAUUCAAAAUGGACUUCCUGUCAUGCUGUUUGUAUCAUUUUCACAAAAGUGAUACUGCAUGGAUAUUAUAUAAACAUAAGGGAUAUUCACAAGUGUUCAUUAUUAAAAAUAUGGAGGAAAAUCUUAUGUAUAAAUGUCCUCCCCCCACAAUGAAUUUUGAGCAUGAGAAAAUAUCUUUCCAACGGCAGGGUGUUACGUUGUGCUUGGUGAACUUUAGCAUUUCCAUCCUUUGGUGUUCAUGUUUGUGAAAAAUAUUGAAGACUUAUGACCUCUUUUUCCUUUUAGCUGCACAGGCUCAAUAUAAUACGUUUUGAAUAUAGAUUCAAUAUGGUUAUAAUCCCGAUCAUACCACAUUUAAAAGCAAAGUUCUAGACUGUAUUUCUCUGCCAGCAUGACUCCUCAAAGAAAAUGAAACCAGCCCUAACAAAACCCUCCUUAAAACAGAAUAAAAUGGGGCUUACAAGAGCUGUUUUGAAAAAUGGUUUGAACAGUGACUAACAACCAAUUUUUCAAACACCGUUGUCUCCAUUUCAAGCCAUAGAGUGGACAGUCCACAGGGGAAAAUCAAUAAGGGGAAAAGAUCUCUGUCACAGAAAAAAAAAAAAAAAAAAAAAAAACUAAAAAUACCGUUAAGACCAAUUCCCUCACUAUGCGUCUCCUACUGCAUUCCACUAAAAGGUGUUGAAAAAAAUCAGCCAACUUCUACUAAAAUGAAGUGUCCAGACAAGCGAGUCUGUAAAUAAUUAAAAGAAUAGACUAGAGUAGAAAAAAAGAGAAUGGGGGUGGGGCAGGGAGGAGAUCAAGUACUUAAAAUGUUGAAUGUACCGAAAAGCAGAAAACUCAGGGAGAGAAAGAACUUGUUCUUCAAAAAAAAUAUACUUUCCAUCCUUUCCCAGUAACACAGAAUUGAUAGUCUGAUAAUAGAUGCCCUGUGGAUAAAGCUGGUGGGAAGAACACUGUCUUCAGAAAAGCUUCACUAGGUAUUCAGUUGCCCAGGGCAAUCUGAUCAGAGUGUCCUUGCUUCUAGAGUUGAGUAAAACAAAUCAGAAUGAACAACACAUGGUUUAAUAGUUAACUUUUAGAACAAGGGACAGGAAGAUGCUUUUAUGCCACGGUCCCAGCAUUCGUUCCAAUCUCAUUACUAAAGUCUGUUCUGAGAGCAUUUACAGCUUUCCGGAGAGUCUGACUUUGGCUGAAUCCUGAAGAUAGAAAUAUAACCUUACCGACCUCCUUGUCCUGGAGUCUCCCUUAAUGCAGAAUGUUUCACCAUCACUAACUGGAUAUUCCUCACAACUUUGCUGUCCGCAGUGGCUGGCACUUUUCCUCCACGCUUUGAGAGAAAGAGAAUUGGCUGGAAUAAAACCUUGCUUUCCAUAUGGUCGACUUGAAAUACAGCAUUGAAAAGUUCCUUGACCAGCAGUCUGUGGCCUGCCCUUUCUCUUUAUAUGCAGCCGCUCUCUGUUCCCUGCCCCAAUGAACAUCUGCACUAGGCCCAAGCCUCGGAGUGAUUUACCUGAAGAGUGACACCAUUUAUUUGGAAACUACUAUGAGGAAACUGAAGCCCAGAGAGGUGAAGUGAGGUGCCCAAGGCCACACAGCAAGUUAGAGGCACAGCUAGUACCAUAGCUCAAGUCUCCUGACUCCCAGUCCAGUGCUCCUCCCAUUACUCCACGGGUCCUGUCUCUAAGCUUCCUGACAAAUGCUAGAACGGAAGAAACCCAAGACAGCUGAAAACCAGAAGGCAUCUGAGGAGAAUGAGAUUACUCAGCCGGGUGGAUCCAGCGCCAAGCCGGGCCUUCCCUGCCUGAACUUUGAAGCUGUUUUGUCUCCAGACCCAGCCCUCAUCCACUCAACACAUUCACUGACAAACUCUCACGCUCACACCGGGUCAUCUGAUUGUGACAUCAGUUGCAAGGGGAUGACCGAGCGCAUUCACAGCAUCAACCUUCACAACUUCAGCAAUUCCGUGCUCGAGACCCUCAACGAGCAGCGCAACCGUGGCCACUUCUGUGACGUGACGGUGCGCAUCCACGGGAGCAUGCUGCGCGCACACCGCUGCGUGCUGGCAGCCGGCAGCCCCUUCUUCCAGGACAAGCUGCUGCUGGGCUACAGCGACAUCGAGAUCCCGUCCGUGGUGUCGGUGCAGUCGGUGCAAAAGCUCAUUGACUUCAUGUACAGCGGCGUGCUGCGCGUCUCGCAGUCGGAAGCCCUGCAGAUCCUCACGGCCGCCAGCAUCCUGCAGAUCAAAACCGUCAUCGAUGAGUGCACGCGCAUUGUGUCACAGAAUGUGGGUGACGUGUUCCCGGGGAUCCAGGACUCGGGCCAGGACACGCCACGGGGCACCCCCGAGUCCGGCACUUCGGGCCAGAGCAGCGACACCGAGUCGGGCUACUUGCAGAGCCACCCGCAGCACAGCGUGGACAGGAUCUACUCGGCGCUCUAUGCGUGCUCCAUGCAGAACGGCAGCGGCGAGCGCUCCUUCUACAGCGGUGCGGUGGUCAGCCACCACGAGACGGCCCUGGGCCUGCCCCGCGACCACCACAUGGAGGACCCCAGCUGGAUCACGCGCAUCCACGAGCGCUCGCAGCAGAUGGAGCGCUACCUGUCCACCACCCCCGAGACCACGCACUGCCGCAAGCAGCCCCGGCCCGUGCGCAUCCAGACCCUGGUGGGCAACAUCCACAUCAAGCAGGAGAUGGAGGACGACUACGACUACUAUGGGCAGCAAAGGGUGCAGAUCCUGGAGCGCAACGAGUCCGAGGAGUGCACGGAAGACACCGACCAGGCGGAGGGCACUGAGAGCGAGCCCAAGGGCGAAAGCUUCGACUCGGGCGUCAGUUCCUCCAUAGGCACCGAGCCUGACUCGGUGGAGCAGCAGUUCGGGCCCGGGGCGGCGCGGGAUGGCCAGGCCGAACCCGCCCAAGCCGAGCAGGCCGCAGAGGCUCCUGCCGAGGGCGGCCCGCAGCCGCACCAGCUCGAGACAGGUGCCUCCUCCCCGGAAAGAAGCAACGAGGUGGAGAUGGACAGCACGGUCAUCACUGUCAGCAACAGCUCCGACAAGAGCGUCCUGCAGCAGCCUUCGGUCAACACGUCCAUCGGGCAGCCAUUGCCAAGUACCCAGCUCUACUUACGCCAGACAGAAACCCUCACCAGCAACCUGAGGAUGCCUCUGACCUUGACCAGCAACACACAGGUCAUUGGCACAGCCGGCAACACCUACCUGCCGGCCCUCUUCACUACCCAGCCCGCGGGCAGUGGCCCCAAGCCUUUCCUCUUCAGCCUGCCACAGCCCCUGGCAGGCCAGCAGACCCAGUUUGUGACAGUGUCCCAGCCUGGCCUGUCGACCUUUACUGCACAGCUGCCAGCGCCACAGCCCCUGGCCCCAUCCGCAGGCCACAGCACAGCCAGUGGGCAGGGCGAAAAAAAGCCUUAUGAGUGCACUCUCUGCAACAAGACUUUCACCGCCAAACAGAACUACGUCAAGCACAUGUUCGUACACACAGGUGAGAAGCCCCACCAAUGCAGCAUCUGUUGGCGCUCCUUCUCCUUAAAAGAUUACCUUAUCAAGCACAUGGUGACACACACAGGAGUGAGGGCAUACCAGUGCAGUAUCUGCAACAAGCGCUUCACCCAGAAGAGCUCCCUCAACGUGCACAUGCGCCUCCACCGGGGGGAGAAGUCCUACGAGUGCUACAUCUGCAAAAAGAAGUUCUCCCACAAGACCCUCCUGGAGCGACACGUGGCCCUGCACAGUGCCAGCAACGGGACCCCUCCUGCGGGUACACCCCCAGGUGCCCGCGCUGGCCCCCCUGGGGUGGUGGCCUGCACGGAGGGGACCACUUACGUCUGCUCCGUCUGUCCAGCAAAGUUUGACCAAAUCGAGCAGUUCAACGACCACAUGAGGAUGCAUGUGUCUGACGGAUAAGUAGUCUCUUUCUCUCUUUCUUAUGAACAAAACCACAAAAAAGAAACAAACAAACAAACAAACAAAAAAAGCUAUGGCACUAGAAUUUAAGAAAUGUUUUUGGUUUCGUUUUGACUUUCUGUUUUCGUUUUUGUUUCGUUUCAUUUUGUACUACAUGAAGAACUGUUUUUGCCUGCUGGUACAUUACAUUUCCGGAGGCUCGGGUGAAUGAUAGUUUUCCCAGCCUCCCUCGGAUGGUGGCCUUAAGGCCUGGUAGUGCUUCAAGAGGUCCACUGGUUGGAUCUCUAGCUACUGGCCUCUAAAUACAACCCUUCUUUACAAAAAAAAAAAAAAAAAAUCUUUAAAAAAAAAAAAAGUAAAAAAAAAAUUUUUUUUUCACUUGUGAAGAGCACUA